AGCCGAGAAGACGCCGUUGACUCAUCAGUCUUCUCUCUCUCUCUCUCUGUGACUAAUGAUGCCUUCUUCAAUGGAGCUGUUGAUCCUCCGUCGCAACCUCCACGGUCGAACCUCCUCGCUCCUCCAGGCAAGGCUCUUCUCCUGUUCGCCGGAGUAGGCGGCGGCUGUGGCUCCGAAGCGGCGAACCUCGGAGCCGAAGCCCAUCGAGAAGAUACUGGCGGUGAACCGAGGCGAGAUAGCUUGCAGGAUCAUGAGGACGGCGGGGAGGCUCGGGAUUCGGACCGUUGCCUUCUAUAGCGACGCCGACGCCGGCGCUCUCCACGUUAGGUGCCCCAACGAGGCCGUCGGCAUCGGUCCCGCUCCAGCUCACCUCAGCUACCUCAGUGGAGCGUCCACCGUCGAGGCCACUCUUCUCGCCUGUGCUCAGGGGAGGGGUUGAGAACUAACUAUCUGCCGUUUGAAGUGCGUGUAAUCGCUGCGAUUGGAGGAUGCGCGAUUUCGCAUGUGCCAUGGCGGAAUGUUUGAUUCUGGUUGGGAGAAAUAGUCGUGUUCGUUAGAGCAAUGGUUGUUAACUUGUUAGCAUGGAGUGAACGGGAUUUGGUGACGGUGGAGAAAACUUGUGAGAUUAUGCUUAUGAGGGUGAUCAAGGAAUCGCGCAACACCAUCAUCAUUUUCUCGGAGGACUAUGCUUCCUUGUGGAGGUGUUUGGAAGAGUUGGCGAAGAUCAUGGAGUGCAAGGCACAGAAGAAGCUGAUUGUGUUUCUGGUGUUUUACAAAGUGAAACCAAGAGAAGUGAGAAGGGGAAGAGUGGUGUGUGUGAGAGCUAUGGCUAAGCACGAGCCCAUGUUUGGGGAAGGAUUCGGAGACAGUGAAGAGAUGGAAGAAGGCUCUUUUCAAUGCCAGUAACUUGUCUGGGUGGGAUUUAAUGAUGGAUAAGUAAGUAUUUGAUGUGACACACUACUUUGCCAUUGUUAGCCAGUGAUUUUUUGUUAUAUUUCAAACCAUAUGCAAUAAAUUACCACCGAAAGCUUAUUGAUA